UUAAGAGAUUUUAAGCCCCUUACAUCAUGAUGUUUUUCCCUCCUUAGUAAUAACCCCGAAGAGUUGUGGUUAUUAUUCUGGACAGGGAGAGUAAGGUGUGAAAGGUUGAACAUGAACUGCCCUAGCUCUCACCGCUAGUAGAGCUAAAGCAGGCCCUGAAACCAAGGCCUUCAACUCUGAGUUCAGUGCUCCCUCCCAUGUAACGCCGUCUCUUCUUUCCACCCUCCCUCCGAGGAGUAGUGGAAGGGACCUCUCGGUAGGAGGAGGGGUGUGGUGGGGGCCAGCAAUUAGGAAGGAGAACCACCUGCGUUGACGGUCAUUUACCCAAUUGUGCUUUGUGGGAUAUUCAACCCAAGGAAUGUGGCACACCUGGCCGAGCGUAAGAGGAAGCCCAAGUUCUCCAAGGAGGAGCUGGACAUUCUUGUCACAGAGGUGACCCACCACGAAGCAGUGCUCUUUGGGAGGGAGACCAUGCGGCUGUCCCAUGCUGACAGGGACAAGAUUUGGGAAGGCAUAGCCCGGAAAAUCACCUCCGUCAGCCAGGUGCCCCGCUCCGUCAAGGACAUUAAGCACAGAUGGGAUGACAUGAAACGGAGGACCAAGGACAAGCUGGCCUUCAUGCAGCAGUCCCUGUCCGGCCCUGGGGCCGGGGGCCGGGCCCCCACCAUCGUGCUCACAGCCCACGAGAGGGCCAUCGAGUCAGCGCUGCUCACGGCCCGUGCAGGGCGCGGCUUCCCCAGGGCAGAACUGGAUGGCACCGACAGCCCUUCGACCAGCUAUGAUGAAGAUGAGGAGGCGCCGGGGCCCUCAAGGCAGCCUCUUCGGGUGCCUCUGCAGCGGUCUCCGGAGGAAGAGGCCCACCUGGCCAGGCCCGCCCUGCUCCGUUCAUCCUCCUCCUCAGACCAGUCUGAGACGGUGGGCCCCAAGCCAGAGGCCCUGCCCCAUCCCUCGCCCCAGGCCCAGGCUGCCUGCAGGACCCCUCGGCCGCACCCCAGCCCACCUACCACAGGCCUUGACUGGCAGCUCCUCCACGUCCAUGCCCAGCAGACCGAGGUGUUCCGGCAGUUCUGCCAGGAGCUGGUGACCGUGCACCGGGACAUGGCCAACAGCAUGCACGUCAUCGGCCAGGCCAUGGCCGAGCUGACCAGCCGCGUCGGUCAGAUGUGCCAGACGCUGACAGAGAUCCGGGAUGGGGUUCAGGCAUCUCAGCGGGGGCCAGAAGGGGCAGCCCCUACGGGCUCCACUCCCCAGGCCACCCAGGCCCAAGCCCCCCUGCCAGAGCCCCCACCAGCUUCCCCAGCAUCAGCCCCCACACGGACUACCAGGUCUCGGAAGAGAAAGCACAAUUUCUAACCCAGCUAGUCUGCACUAGGAGGAAGAGUCAUGGAGGAGGGAUGUCUGGCCUCACAACAAGGGCCAGUCUCUCGUGUCCAGGAACAGGAUCGAUGACCCUUGUAGGACACUGGGGGCGCUGUCACCUCCUCACCGAGCGCAGCUCGCUGCCCUGUGGUCUAACAGAGCAUGUAUUCAGCCCCGCACCCUCAUCUUUGGCGGAUGCUGAAGAUGCAAGAAAAGCCACCUGCUUGAUGCUUGCUUGGCCUGGAGAUCGUUCUCCUCUUGGUCUGUGUCCCGUGGCGGCAGGCCUUGCAGGGAGGGGGGGGCGCAACAGUGGGGAGCAUCCGAAUGGAGUCCCGCUUUCCAACCUCGGGGCUGCUGCAUCGGCCUGCCACGUGUGACCUCCCAGGCCCUGCUGCUGCUGCUUUUGAAGGGGUUGAGGCCUGAUGGGCAGGUCAAGUCAGUCCUUCAGGCAAGGGUCUGCCCUCCCUUGCCGGGGGUGGUGCCCGCCUUGGCCCUCCGCUUGCCCUUGUGCGCGUGCUCAGCUGCUGUGCUUGCCUUUUUUGGAGUGGGGAGAAGAAUGGGAUGACGUCGGAGGAAGGAAAAGACUGUCUUGCAUUCAUAGAGAGCACUUUAUGCUUUUCCUCGCCCUUGCAGAGGGGUGGUCUCAGUGGGGGCUCAGGACAGUCAGCUCGAGGCAGCCAAGUCAGGUAUUAUUAUGAUCAUUUUUGUCAUCAUCAUCUGUAUAAGACAAAUGACACAGCCAGUUAGUGAGAGGGCCAGGACUGGAAGCCAGGGUAUCGGUUUUCCCAGCUCCCCUGUCAGAGGCCAGAUCUGGAGUAGUGGGAAGAGGAGGUGGGGGGGCAGGUCUUGCCCCUUGCCAGGCCUCUGCCCCUUGCCAGGCUUCUGCCCCCUGUAUCUCUGCUUCUGCCUCAGCUGUCCUGGGUGAGGUGGGAGGCACCUAGCAUUUAGCAGGUGAUUCUCCCACCCUGCCCUGGCUCUAUGGCUCAUAGCCAGUGGCUUGGAGAGGCAGGGCCAGAUCUCAGGAGUGGAGGGCAACCUCUUCCCUGGCUUCUAAAAGAAUCCAGAGCCCAGUGGGGCUCAUGUCCCAUUCCAGGUUCCAGCAUGCCUUGCCUCUGCUUGCUCGGGCUGCCUACGCACUAGCUACAUACACCUCUAGCUUCAUGUUCCAUGUUGGAGUGUGGGGAGAAAACUGGGUUCUUAGCGUUAGGGAGGGAAGUGGCAGGUGGCAGAUACAAGCUUAGCUCUGACCUGGGUGCAGCUCAGCUCUGUGUCCUUUUUUUUCCCUGACCUGAAGCUGACCCCAGCAGAAGUCCCCCAGCCAACCCCUCCACCCAACAAUCCCCCACCCUCCCAUCCUGCCCCCAGCCAUAUGGGAGCUGGGUGGAUUGCAGCACCCAUUGCCUUCCAAGUCUGUUCCUGGAGUGCUGCUUGUAAACCCAAGGCAAGCUUUGUCCCACGUAGGGAGAAUGGAAGGUGACUGCAAUGUCCCUGUGCCUUUGGCUCCAUCUCCCCAUUCUGUGGUUCUUUGGGGGUUCCUACUUCCCUCAAACUGAACACUCUCCUGUCCAACAGCCCGAUGGCUUAAUUAUUGCCUGGAAUUGCCCGGCCUUCUAUGCUGGAAUCAAAGAUUGCCUUCCGAAGUAUUUUUGUUAAGAUGGCAAUAAAAAGAAAUCAAUCUCACUCUUUGAACACA